AUGUUUUCAAAGUUAAGAGGUAAAGAUUCUAAAACCGAGACUAAGAAGGAACAGAAAGUUUUGGGAGAAAAGUUAUACCUUCCAUUAACUAAGGCUUCUUCUAAAUGUACAAUUCCUGAAGCGAUCGGGCUUAACGGUGAAGAACAAGAAAAAUAUGAUAAAGUUUUGAAAUAUUUCCAGCAGGAAGACUUCAAGGUCGCUGUGAGUGAAGCUAACCAGAAGGAUAAGGAUAGUUCCAAGUACAAGGAAUUGAGCGAGUCGGAAAAAGCGUGGUUGACGAGAGAAUGCUUUCUCCGGUAUUUGCGGGCCACCAAAUGGCACUAUGAAGAUACUAUUAGCCGGAUUGAGCUUACUCUUGCGUGGAGACGUGAGUUUGGUAUUGCUGGGUGCUACGACUCGGAAAACGAGGUUAAUGGGAAAUUGUGCUCUCCAGAGAACGAAACGGGGAAGGAAGUUAUCUUGGGAUAUGAUAACGAUACCAGACCGUGUUUAUAUUUGAAGCCGGGACGUCAAAAUACAAAGACGUCCUUGAGACAGGUUCAGCACAUGGUAUACAUGUUAGAAAGAGUUAUAGAUUACAUGCCUUCGGGCCAGGAUUCGUUGGCGUUGUUGAUAGACUUCAAGGCCUCGCCUCUUGGUACCGAAGGAGGAAAGAUUCCACCGGUGGGUACGGGGAGACAGGUGUUGCAUAUCUUACAAACACAUUAUCCAGAGAGAUUGGGUAAGGCAUUGUUGACCAAUAUUCCAUGGUUGGGAUGGACGUUCUUGAAGAUUAUACAUCCAUUUAUCGAUCCAUUAACGAGAGAAAAAUUGGUUUUCGAUCAGCCUUUCCCAGAGUAUGUUCCAAUAGAGCAGUUGGAUAAGGAUUUUGGAGGUGACCUUAAUUUCGAAUACGACCACGAGAAAUACUGGCCUGAAAUGAUCAAAAUUGCUGAAAGUAAUAAGCAAAAGUACAUGAAGAGAUUCGAAAAUUUUGGUUCCAAGAUCGGUUUAUCAGAAUAUGAUUUAAGAGGCGAAAGUGAAGAAUUGGUUUAUCCAGUUGCAUAA